AUACCUUCGGUUUUCGUCUAUCUCUCCCUGGGUCUGGGCAUUUGGAUUGGCCCACUGUUCGAUCGAUACGGGCCUCGGUGGAUUGCUCUUCUGGGGAGCGCUGGGUACCUGGUCAUGAUGUUCCUCCUUGCCGAAUGCGAAACAUUUUGGCAAAUGAUUCUAUGCUGCGGUGUGCUGGGCGGCGUUACAGGCGCGAUGUUAACAACGACAUCGCUUGCCGUGGUAGCGCACUGGUUCAAAGCCCGAAGAGGUCUCGCUCAAGGCAUCGCGAUGAUGGGAAGCUCCACUGGAGGCCUGUCGAUUCCGUUGAUACUGAGGUCGACAUUUCCCAAAUACGGGUACGCUUGGUCUCUCCGUAUUCUCGGGUUCAUGUUUUUGGGCUGCUUCGUCAUUGGCAACAUCCUUAUGAAAGCCCGAAUCCCUCCGACUCCCGCCGCGAAGAAGAAAGCAAUCAUAUCGCUGUCGAUAUUCGGGGACUUGCGCUUCAGUCUCUUCACGAUCAGCGUGUUCGGCUUCGAGGUCGUUCUCUUCGGAGGUCUGGGUAUCCUACCCACGUAUGCAACGUUGAGCACCAACUACCCGGCAGAUACAGGUUUCUACCUGAUCUCAGUGCUGAACGGUGUGUCAUGUCUGGGGCGCAUUUUGCCAGGCUACCUAGCGGACAAGAUCGGACGGUUCAACACGCUGCUGAUCAUGAUUAUCUUUACGUUAGUGGUCAUGCUGGUCCUUUGGCUGCCGCUAGGGGACCGCUCGCUUCCCGCAAUAUACGCUUUCGCGGCGCUCUUUGGAUUUGGAACGGGGAGCUGGAUGGCGCUCACGCCGGCCUGUGUUGGCCAGCUCUGUAGGGCCGAGGAAUUUGGACGGUAUUAUGGGUCAAUGUAUUUCAUCGCAAGUCUGGCGACGCUGGUCUGCAUUCCGAUCAGUGGCGAGCUGGUACAGACCGUAGGUCCACAGCCAAUGGUCGCGUUCUUCUGCGCUGUUCUGGCAUUGAGUUUGAUAAGUUUCGUGUUCAGUCGAUGGGCAUGUUUGGGAAGGCGUUGGAUCGUAAAAGCGGUGAUUUGAAGGUGCUUCGAUGAGAUGUACGCGUAAUUGAGCAGAAAACCUAAGGCAACGGUCAUCCACAAAGUUUAAUGGUGUAAAGAUGGUGGAG